GCAAGGGAUGACGGGCAGUAGGUAUUUAUCAGAGGGAGAGUUGUAGGUUGUAGCUGCAGUGUGUUUUAACCGUUCGAACGCGUAGGUAUGUGGUUAGUGUUAGUGCCGUGAUGAUCCUGCUGUGUGCUUCACUCUGAGUUAGUCUCCUGACCCAAACAAGAUGCCAGAGAAAGAGAAAUACUCCGCAGUGCCUGCGAAGGAUGGUGGUGACAAGAAAGCCAUUACGUCUGGUGACGACGAGAUCUGCCUCAAGGCGAAGAUGAGUCUGUUGAAUGGUAUCACCGUCAUUGUUGGCAGUAUCAUCGGCUCGGGGAUAUUCGUGUCCCCCACGGGCGUCCUGCUGAACACGGGCUCUGUGAAUCUAUCGCUAAUCGUAUGGGUUGCCUCGGGCGUCUUCUCGAUGGUGGGCGCCUACUGCUACGCCGAGCUGGGCUGUAUGAUCUCGAAGAGUGGAGCGGACUAUGCCUACAUCAUGGAGACGUUCGGCCCGUUCAUGGCGUUCAUCCGGCUCUGGAUCGAGUGUAUGAUCGUUCGGCCCUGCUCUCAGGCCAUCGUGGCCCUCACGUUCAGCGUGUAUGUCCUGAAGCCCUUCUUCCCAGAGUGCCAGCCCCCGGAGGACCCCGUUCGACUUCUCGCCGUCUGCUGCAUCAUGGUUCUGACGUUCGUGAACUGCUGGGAUGUCAAGUGGGCCACCAGAGUACAGGACGUCUUCACGUACGCCAAGCUGCUAGCCCUCUUCAUCAUCAUCGUGACCGGACUGGUGCAGCUCUUUUCAGGACACACGGAAUACUUCACAUUCGAAAACACAAAUGCCGAUGUGACAAAGAUUGCGCUGUCAUUCUACUCUGGCCUGUUUGCAUACAAUGGCUGGAAUUAUCUCAACUUCAUCAUAGAGGAGCUCAAGGACCCUAUCAGGAACCUGCCCCGUGCUAUUGCCAUCUCCUGCACCCUGGUGACUGUCGUGUACGUCAUGACAAAUGUGGCUUUCUACACUACGCUGUCUGUUGACGAAGUUUUGGGUUCAGAAGCAGUUGCUGUGACAUUUGCUAACCACCUGUAUGGCUACAUGGCAUGGAUCAUACCUGUGUUUGUGGCCCUGUCAACAUUUGGAGCUGUGAAUGGGAUACUUCUGACCUCAUCCCGACUGUUCUAUGCUGGGGCAUGUGAAGGGCAGAUGCCAGAGAUCUUGACGAUGAUACAGAUCAAGAAACUUACUCCAACUCCAGCCGUGCUGUGCAUGGCCCUGCUGUCUCUGUUGUACCUCACUGUUUCCGACAUCUUUGCCCUCAUUAACUACGUGGGAUUUGCCACAUGGCUGAGCAUUGGAGUGGCAGUACUUUGUCUCCCCUGGCUGCGAUGGGCUCAGCCCAACUUACCCAGGCCGAUAAAGGUGAAUCUGGUCUUCCCCAUUGUCUAUAUAAUUGCCAGUCUGUUUGUGACGGUUGUGCCGAUGAUAGCCAGCCCCGUGGAGACAGGCUAUGGCUGUCUGAUGAUCUUCUCCAGUGUUCCAGUGUACCUGAUUUUCAUUUAUUGGAAGAAGAAACCAAAACCAAUCCAGCGUGCUCUUGUAGCGACAACCCACACUCUGCAGGCGAUCCUCAUGGUCUUGGGAAAGGAGAAACCUGCCCAGGUGUGAAGGAGCUUCCCUCCUAGUUGGAAUCAACAUAACUGUUUCAUGAUACCAUACUUCAGCAUCCUGUUGUGCUGGUUAAUAAUUUAAUUUGCAGGGGAAAUCUCAAAGUUGCUGGUACUUGUUGUGCUUGUAUCCUGUUGUGACAUGUUUUCAACGUUAUAAGGUCAUCGUCAGGUAGGUAGAUAUAUUUGUUUACAUAAUUUCUUUUUCCAGUUCAUUGUUGUAAACCUUGGUUGAAACUAGGUCCAGCAAAGCCCACCAGUAAACAGUAUAUGAGCACAAUAAGAAGUUGCACUUUCAAGGCUGACCAUGGGAAAACUAAAUUGGUAACUGUUUCAUGGCUGGUUUUUCAAAGGAGCUCUGUGCGUUUAUUAUGUACUAUUUAAUGAUGUAAUUAUAUUUUUUCAUAAAAUCAAGUCAUUGCAGUCCUUUUUUGGUUAUUGUGACCUCAGCACUAAUUCUGGAAACUGUACCACACAAACAAAUAGUUGCAGUUAUCGGAACGCACAAGCAUGGAGCGACAUGCAUAACAUUACAUCAAGAAGAGACUCACUCUGGAGAGGACAGACAGUUACUAUUCUAUUUAUAUGACUUAGUUUCUUGUAAUAAGUAUUUAUUUAUUCAGUCUGGUGGUGUUCUGGAGUUGCGUGUAAUGUCAGAUGCACCGAUGAUAUUUCUGCAGAUAAUAUAUGCAUCUUUUGAGAGAUGUUUUUAACAUUCCAAUUUAACUAUGUAAGAUUUGACGUUUUCCCGCCAGUGACUGGAGAAUGCCGUAUUCUUGGAUGUGGCGGCAUUCUUCAUUCCAAUUUCACAUUUACACAUAACCUGAUGACACUACAGUGUCAUUACGUAAAUGUGACAAGAUGUAGAUGUUGAGCUUGAGGUUUUUGCUGCAGUGACUGUAAGUGAAGAGUACUGACUUCUGGGUUGUAGUGCCAUGUAGUUUAGAGAUGGCAUGACAUUUUGGAAGAAUGCGUAUAUCACAAGUUGAGCAGCACUGAAGAUGAUGGCGAUAGAUAGAUAUAUAUAUUAGUCCAAAACAACCCCAAAGACUGCACUCUUCAAGAUAUAAAUGUUUAUUUUUUGUUUAAAAUUUCUUCAUGAUGAAGGAAAAGAAAUAACACAUGUACCAUGGCUGUUCAAUGGAUGUAUAAUAAAGGUGAUUGAUAUCUGACCCAAAGAUUAAUGAUUAGAAGCAUGUUUCCAUAAUGCUGAUAGGAUUCUUCCAAGAAAAACAGUAUGUUUAUAUAUAAAGAGAACUAUAAGAAUUGUUUUUUUUUUCCCCUCCAUAUAAUAAAUAUCCCAUCAUUUGACUAAACUGCCAGUGUAUUUUUAUAUGUUGAAAUGUUUGGGGCUGUUUAGUUAUGCUGCCCAUGUGGUUCCUGUAAUUAUGUGUGAGAUUGAAGUAGUUUUAGAUUCUGUAACAGUGAUUUAUGUAGUGACCAUCAUAUCAUUAUUGCAGACAAGGUGUGUUAUGAUCGAAACAUGGGUUUUAGUUACCUACCAAUACUAAGUUAUAUUACUUAUAACAAUCUGAUACAGUUGUAAAAUGUAGCCAAAGCUGCUUAAUGUUUUCUGUUUUGAAAACAACAUUCUGGUGCCUAUUCGGUGAACAUAACAUUGUGUUCCAUUGACAUGGCAACGCUUGCAAUUCCUGGCUCUCUACUGUAUACAGCUGUGGACAAGAAGUAGUUCAUAUAACAAUAAUUUUUUAUUAAGUACAUACAACAGUUUGUGAAAUUAAGUAUUAACUAUUUCAGGCCCAACUAUAAUAAAGCUGAAUGACUUGGGCACUUUAUAAGUUUUCCCGAGUUUAAGAAAUCGAUAUAAUAGCCAGAAUUGUCAUUAAAUGGAUUUGAUUUUAAUAUCUUUAUAAAUAUAUCUUAAGAGCAUACUGUAUGUGCAUUGUGUUGCUGCCCCUGAAGUUAUGUCUGGUUGACAGCCAUCUCUAUCAUUAAGAGAACAUCUUGCUGAAUAUCCAUUCGUCUUCCUCUCUGAUAAAUAUUUCAUUAGCCCACCAGACUGUAAAGCGACGGUGAUCAAGUGACAAAACACAUGCUGGUAUGGAGGAUACUCUUGACUCCCAUUGUUUCUGCGAUGGGUGCUGAUAAAAAUAAUGAUAAUGAGUUGUUAUAAGAAAUAUACUAAUGGCGUAGCAACCAGGGGAUCAAGAUUACAGAAAUCCCCUGAGCAAAGAAGCAUUAGAGAAGGACUCUUAGGCGGAAAAGUUGAGGAAGUACUGUCACAGCAGAUUUUUUAGAACCUGUCCAUAAAUUGUGUGCUGUUUGCGACUGAUGAGGACUCCUCCCCACCGCAAGCCAGUAUGAAGUGUAAAGGACAAGAUUUCCAGUCUGGAGGAACUGGAAACCACUGUAGUCUACUUCAACAAGAAUCUUGGGUUAAACCUGAAAUCUGAAAUCUUUAUUUGCUGAGAAACUGAAUGUUUACAGGACCAGAGAUAACAAGGAUUCUAUGGCACAAGAACUUACACACCAGACUGCAAACAACGUGAGAAACUGUAGUUAUAUUGUGUUAUACCUGACAAGUCUGUGGUUCAGAACAAACACUUAAGGCAGUGAACCACAUACAUAUAUUGAGGUACAGUAAAACAACCACAUUGUUUGGUAAAACCCACAUGGGUAAAAGUAAGAAAUUUGUGGAUUUGGUACAAAAGACUUUUGAUAUGUGGAGACUGAAAGAUGU